AUGACCAAAGAAGAGUCGUACUUUUUAGGGUUUGAUUUGUCGACCCAGCAACUGAAAUGCUUAGCCAUAGAUCAAGAUCUGAAAAUAGUAACUUCCCAGAAUGUUGAUUUUGAUACCGAACUUCCCCAAUAUAACACGAACAAUGGCGUUUACAUCCAUGCUGAUGUAGUUGAAUGUCCAGUUGCAAUGUGGAUUGAAGCAGUGGAUUUAGUUUUUAAAAAGUUUGCUUCCGCAGCAUUCCCUUUAAACAAAGUCUCUGCAAUUUCAGGAUCCUGCCAACAGCACGGGUCUGUUUAUUGGUCGAAGGAAGCCAACGCCUUGUUAAAUAGUCUACAUCCAAACAAAGGAAUGCUCGUGGAACAAUUAUGUCCCCAUGCUUUUACGAGGGCAAAUGCUCCAAAUUGGCAAGAUCACAGUACCGCUAAACAAUGUGAAGAAAUGGAAAAUAAGGUCUGUGGCUCGCAAGAAAUGGCAAGAAUAUCAGGUUCAAGGGCACACUUCAGAUUUACUGGACCGCAAAUUUUAAAAAUUGCUGAACAAGAAAAAGAGCUAUACGAAUCUACUGAACACAUCACGCUAGUCUCCAACUUUUUGACUUCCUUGCUAUGCGGUAAAUUAGUCUCUUUGGAUGAAGCAGAUGCUUGUGGGAUGAAUCUGUAUGAUAUUAACGAAAAAAAGUACUGUCAGCCUUUAGUAGACUUCAUCAAUGAGAAAAGCAAUUCGAGUUUGUUAGAUAAGUUAAAAGGAGCACCGAUUAGUUGUCAGACUCCACAGCAUGUUGGUGAAAUAUCCUCUUAUUUCGUCCAAAAAUUUGACUUGGAUAGUAAAUGUGCAAUCUUUCCACUUACGGGAGACAACCUAGCAACAAUAUGCUCAUUACCACUACAAAAAAAUGACGUUUUGAUUUCUAUGGGCACUAGCACAACCGUUUUGGUGACCACCGAUCAAUAUCACCCUUCGCCAAAUUAUCACUUAUUUAUCCAUCCAACUCUUGCAAACCAUUACAUGGGAAUGAUAUGCUAUUGCAAUGGUGCUUUGGCUAGAUCCGAAGUUUGCCAUCAAAUAAAUGUUUUGAAUAAUGUGGAAACUAAGGAUGAUUGGACUUUAUUUGAUAAGGCAUUAUUCGACGAUUCGAUUAAAAAUGACGAUGAACUUGGCAUAUAUUUCCCACUAGGAGAAAUUGUACCUAGCGUAAAACCAACUUAUAAACGAGUGAAAUUCGAUAGAGAGACAGGUGAGCUCAAGCAAAACCUGGAUUCGUUCCGUAGUGUACUCCACGACGCUAAGAACAUUAUUGAGUCCCAAGCAUUAAGCUGCCGCGCCCGAAUUACUCCACUGUUGAACAGCUCUGGUAAAAUUGACCAGGAAGUAUCUGAAAGACAACUCAAAUUUGACUAUGACCAGCUGCCACUGAGUGCUUACUUGAACAAUAGACCCAAAAGAGCAUUUUUCGUUGGUGGUGCAUCAAAGAAUGACGCAAUCGUCAAAAAGUUUGCUCAAAUAAUUGGAGCUACAGACGGCAAUUACAGACUGAAAACUUCAAACUCUUGUGCACUUGGUGGCUGCUACAAAGCUCUAUGGUCUUUCAUGUACACGACAAAACAGACCGCAUUACCCUUUGACGAAUUUUUGUCAAAAAACUUCCAUUGGGAAGAUGUUGAAUACAUCUGUGACUCUAAUGAAGAAUGUUACAAGGCCUACAGUUCCAAACUUAUCGCUUUGAGCAAUAUUGAAGCCAUUUUGGACUAG